AAACAAAAAAGAUGGCGAUUCCUAGUUCGGUUCUCGCUGCAGGAUGGAUACCAUUUGUCGUUAUCAUUGUGUUGGUGUUGCUAUUUUCCACAAUAUAUAUAAAGUACUUCAUGAGCAAGCGAGAUAGCACCAUAUCCAGUACAGUGUCGGCCAUUGUAGCGUUGAGUGUGAUCCUGUUGACCACUGCUCUCAUUCCUGUUGAUGUUUUCCUUGUCUCUUACAUGAAAGACAGCAAGGGUCACUUCAAGGAUUGGGCAAAUGAUUCUGAAACAAGACAAUCCAUAGAGAAUUCAGUGGCUUAUGGCUAUUACACAUUGUAUGGCCUGGUGACCUUCUGUCUGUUUAUACUACUGCCAUUUAUGUACUUCUUCUACGAGGAAAAGGAUGAGGAUACUAGUAACAAGUCUCGCUGUUGUUCGGCUUUGAAGUACACUGUGGUGUUUGUUAUUAUUGUGGGUGUUCUACUACUGAUUGGAGCAUUUGUACCCACCAAGAAUGCCCCAAACCCUAAUGCUACGGACUACCAGAAGAUUGAAGCACUCUUCAAAGACCUUACAACAAAUGAUGGUGAAGAUGCCUUAUCCUUUGUCAUCAGUAUUAUCAGUCUGCUGGGAAUGUGUGCCCUCAUCACUUACACAGCAUAUGGUAUGUCUGCCCUGCCAAUGGGUCUGAUUAAAGGAAGGAAAGGAGCAAAAACAGAAAAAAUGACUGUGCAAGCUGAACGAUCUUCUGCUCAGGCUAGGAUACAGUCCCUCAAAGACAAGUAUUCUGGUCGGUCAAUGUCGUCACGACGACGGAACAACCUUUCUGAUAUGGAAGAAUCAGAGCGUCUGAUGGAGAGAAAGGAAAACCACUUGGCAGCUAAUGAGAGAAGUAUACUUCAGCGCUGUCUGGUUGUCCUCCGACCUUUUGAGGUUGUCUUUGGGAUAUUUUUCUUCCUCAUCACACUGCUGAUCUUUGUGUCCUUGCUCCUGACAAACAUAGACAAGGCCAUUCAUAGUCUUGGAUACAAGUUUGGAUAUGCCCUGCCUCACCGGACUCUCCCUAACCCUGUAGAUAUGGUUCUAGUCUUCUGCCAGAAAGUGUUUCCACUGGACUACAUCAUGUUUUCACUGCUGGUGGUCUAUCUCGUCUUCUGCUCAAUGUCUGGUGUCCGAAACAUAGGCAUCUGGUUCUUCUGGCUCAAAAUGUAUAAGAUCCGGCCGCGAAGAACUCGCCCACAGGGAAUACUGAUGCUGUGUAUGAUUCUCAUGUUCGUCAUGUCUGCCAUCAACAUCAUCAUUUAUGAACUCACCCCCCAGUACUCCAGCUUUGGUAGUCAGAGAUACACAGUGCAAAGCAACAGUACUAGUGAUGGCAAGUUGGAGAUCUGCUCAACUGAUGCACAUAACUCCAGCUGUGUGAUCUCUCGGAUGGCUCUGCUGUUAACACGUUUCUUCUACAAGAUGUGGUUCUUUGGGGCCGCCUAUUACUGGACAACAUGGGUGUUCCUGGGAAUUAUGUUGAUCGGUUUCCUGGUCGCAUUCAUCAAGAAGAGGAAGUCGGCCAUCGACGGAGAAGUAGAUGAAGAUGAUUUUGAUGACAGUGAUGACGAGAUGAUACAACCAUAACUUUGAACAGGACGAUUUGCAUAUUGUGAUAUUUUUUGUUUCUAAAGUAAUGUGCUGUCAUUUAUUUAUACGCUUUUUAGGUCAUCAGGAUGACCUAUAGCCAUUGUGCUCUGUCCGUCGACGUCCACCGUGCAGCGUUAGACUUUUACAUUCAAAACGCUACUCCUCCUUAACCCCAAAGCAGAUUACUACCAAAGUUUGAAUGAAACAUCAUUAGGGGAGGGCGAACAUAUUUUUAUAAGCCAGGCGGAUCUUACCCCUGGGGCUUGAGUGGCAGGGCCCAAAAAGGGGAAUUUUGGUGAAUUUUUGCUUUAAAACCCUGCUCCUUCUUAACCCUUGAGUGGAUUAUAACUAAAUUUGAUGAGAAAUAUUAUUGAAGGAAGGCAAUCAUACUUUAUAAAUGAAUCUGAUCAAACCCCUGGGACCCAAGCGGCGGGCCCAGAACGGGGAAGUUCAGUGAAUUUUUGCUUUAAAACCCUACUCCUUAACUGCUUAGAAGAUUACAACUAAAUUUUGUGUGAGACAUCAUUUGGGGAGGGCAAUUAUAUUUCAAAUAAAUGAGGUAGGUCUGACCCCUAGAGUCUGAGUGGUGGGGCCACAAAAGGGGAACUUUGAUGAAUUUUUGGUUUUAAACCCUACUUCUUCUUAACCCUUAGUUGGAUUAUAUCCCAAUUUGUUGUGUUGUUUCAUAUAAAUGAAGCCUGUGUGAUCCCCGGGGUCAGUGGGAUGGGGCUCCAAAGGGGGAACUUUGCUGUAAUUUUGCUUUAAAACUCAACUUUUUCUUAAACUUUGAGUGGAUUACAACCAAAUUUGGUGUGCAACAUCAUUGGGGGAGACCAAUCAUAUUCUAUAUAAAUGAGGCUGGUGUGACCCAUGGGGCCCCAAGUGGAUUGGCCCCUAAAAGGGAACUUUGCUGUGAUUUUGUUUUCUAUACAAUAAUGAUUCAGAUGAAUGAUAAGGGCCUUGACACUCUUGUUAAAUUUGAUUUAAUAUGAAGGAAUUGCAGCCAUGACUCUAGUUUGUGGAUUGAAACUUUGUACUUAGAUUCUACAUUAUAUGAAGUGGACAUAUUCUACAUUAUGUGAAGUGGACAGAUUCUACAUUAUAUGAAGUGGACAUAUUCUACAUUAUAUGAAGUGGACAUAUUCUACAUUAUGAGAAGUGGACAUAUUCUACAUUAUGAGAAGUGGACAGAUUCUACAUUACGUGAAGUGGACAUAUUCUACAUUACGUGAAGUGGACAUAUUCUACAUUACGUGAGGUGGACAUAUUCUACAUUAUGAGAAGUGGACAUAUUCUACAUUAUAUGAAGUGGACAUAUUCUACAUUAUAUGAAGUGGACAGAUUCUACAUUAUUUGAAGUGGACAGAUUCUACAUUAUGUGAAGUGGACAGAUUCUACAUUAUUUGAAGUGGACAUAUUCUACAUUACGUGAAGUGGACAGAUUCUACAUUUUGUGAAGUGGACAUAUUCUACAUUAUUUGAAGUGGACAGAUUCUACAUUAUUUGAAGUGGACAUAUUCUACAUUACGUGAAUUGGACAUAUUCUACAUUAUGUGAAGUGGACAGAUUCUACAUUAUGUGAAGUGGACAUAUUCUACAUUAUGAGAAGUGGACAUAUUCUACAUUACGUGAAGUGGACAUAUUCUACAUUAUGAGAAGUGGACAUAUUCUACAUUAUUUGAAGUGGACAGAUUCUACGUGAUGUGAAGUGGACUGUCUGACUGCAUCAGAGAUUUUCUUCAAGUGCUGUUAAUCAGAAUAUAUGAAGAACAUAAUAGUCAUAAUGGUAUAAUAUUUAAAUGUCCGAUUAUGUGUGGGUUCAGAAUGUGUCCUGGAGUGAGUGACAGGUAGUAUGAUGUAUAUAUUUUGUAUUAUUGGAAAUGAUAAUUUAUAAUGGAAAUAACUGGAAAGUUAAGAUCAAAAUGCUUGACAUAAUAGAUACAAUGUUUAUACAGAUUGAACAAAAUAAAGUAAUGUAAUUGAAA